AUGAUUGGCAGUCAUGCCUUUAACGGCUGCAAGGCCUUGGUAGAAGCAAACCUAUCCACAUCGUCCGUCAAAGAGAUUCCAAUGUUUUGCUUCGAGGAUUGUGGCUCGCUGCAAACUGUGAGCCUACCACACUCAUUGGAGCAUAUUUGUACAGGUGCAUUCAACAAUUGCAUUUGUUUGGUUACAGUGCUAUUGACCCUGGAUUCAAAGCCAGUAUGGAUUGGGCCAGGAUCUUUCUGUCGCUGCAGCGCUCUUGCAAAUCUUGUGCUUCCGCAAAGGUCGUGUGCCGCAGACGAAUACUCGUUUGAUGGAUGUGCGAUGUUACAAGAUCGCUUUGGUGGGGGAGAAGAUGACAUUGUUGCCGCUUUGAUAUCCCGCUUUGACAAUCAUCCAGUGCAUAAGCUUUGUUACUAUCCCUCGACCACUGCCCAAGAGCUUCAACAGUGCAUUGAAGAAAACGAAGAAUCGCUCAAGGAUGGAUUCGAAAUGACUCCCUUCCACGUCCUAUUAUCGACCAUCUGGCCCAGCCAAGAUCUGCUCAGAGUCCUUCUAGACAAGUUUCCAUGCCACCUUCUCGGCUGGAAAGAUGCCAAUGACAAACGACCACUGGAUUACUUGCUUACCAACUGGACUACUGAAACUAGUGCGCCUUUGCUCCAAACAGCACUGCAAAGCUGGAUGGUUGAUCGACUUGCCCAUUGGGGUGCUACAUCCUGGAUGGAAACCAUGCACAAUAAGGUGCAAGCUAUGAUUGUUGCGCAUGACAAGGAACAAAGGGCAACCUUGUAUACAGAACUGUAUUCGGAUUUUGCUUUGUACCAAAAACUGGAAAUCACGUGCAUCGUGGAGAUGGCCUUGUGGAAAGGAAAAAUAGAUCAUGAAUGCAUCAAUGAUGGUCCCGAGCGACAGUUUAUGGAUCGAGAAGAGUUCCGUUAUAUAUGUGGAUCUGAUGUUGUGAUUCCAAAUGUAGUAAAGUUCUUGCACACGAUCUGUGAAAGUUGUUGA